AUGAGUCAACUUGAAUAUAAAGCAUAUGAAGUUUACUCAGGUAAUCUUCUGAUUGAUUAUUGGUCUCAUUAAGAAAAUGAUCGAAGCUAUCCUACAAUUUAGAUGAAAAAAAUUAAUAAAAAAAUGAAUAAACUAUAAAUUAAAGAAACUAAAAGAAAAUAAAAAGAGCAAGAUUAAAUGAUUGAAAAAAUAAUAGCUUUAUGUAUUUGA